CCACAGGCCGAGGCCUCCGGACGGCUCUGGAAGCCGCAGACCAUGGCGGCAGUGACCUUGUCGGUGCCCGGGCGGAAGGCGACCCCCAGGCCGGCUCCAGUGCCGGAGGCGGCCCAGCCGUACCUGUUUGCACCCCGCGCUCCCGGUGUCGGCAGCGGCCCUGGCAGCUCCAGCGCCUCCCCGCAGGUGGAGUGGACGGCCCGGCGCCUCGUGUGGGUGCCUUCUGAGCUCCAUGGGUUCGAGGCUGCGGCGCUGCGGGAUGAGGGUGAGGAAGAGGCCGAGGUGGAGCUGGCGGAGAGCGGGCGGCGGCUGCGGCUGCCCCGGGACCAGAUCCAGCGCAUGAACCCGCCCAAGUUCAGCAAGGCGGAGGACAUGGCCGAGCUGACCUGCCUGAACGAGGCCUCGGUCCUGCACAAUCUCCGCGAGCGCUACUACUCCGGCCUCAUCUACACAUAUUCCGGUCUUUUCUGUGUGGUCAUCAACCCGUACAAGCAGCUGCCCAUCUACACCGAAGCCAUCGUGGAGAUGUACCGGGGCAAGAAGCGCCACGAGGUGCCGCCCCACGUGUAUGCGGUGACUGAGGGGGCCUACCGCAGCAUGCUGCAGGAUCGCGAGGACCAGUCCAUACUCUGCACUGGGGAGUCCGGAGCCGGGAAGACGGAGAACACCAAGAAGGUCAUCCAGUACCUGGCCCACGUGGCGUCCUCACCGCGGGGCAGGAAGGAGCCCGGCGUCCCGGCCUCCGCCAGCGCCGUGUCUUAUGGGGAGCUGGAGCGGCAGCUGCUGCAGGCCAACCCCAUCCUCGAGGCCUUUGGCAACGCCAAGACCGUGAAGAACGACAACUCCUCCCGAUUCGGCAAAUUCAUCCGCAUCAACUUCGACGUCGCGGGCUACAUCGUGGGCGCCAACAUCGAGACCUACCUGCUGGAGAAGUCGCGUGCCAUCCGCCAGGCCAAGGACGAGUGCAGCUUCCACAUCUUCUACCAGCUGCUCGGGGGCGCCGGGGAGCAGCUCAAAGCCGACCUCCUCCUGGAGCCCUACUCCCACUACCGCUUCUUGACCAACGGGCCGGCGGCGUCCCCCGGCCAGGAGCGCGAACUCUUCCAGGAGACGCUGGAGUCCCUGCGGGUGCUGGGGUUCAGCCAUGAGGAGAUCACCUCCAUGCUGCGGAUGGUCUCGGCCGUUCUCCAGUUCGGCAACGUCGUGCUGAGGCAGGAGCGGAACACCGACCAGGCCACCAUGCCGGACAACACAGCUGCACAGAAACUCUGCCGCCUCCUGGGGCUGGGGGUGACCGACUUCUCCCGGGCCCUGCUCACGCCCCGCAUCAAGGUCGGCCGGGACUACGUGCAGAAGGCCCAGACCAAGGAGCAGGCUGACUUCGCGCUGGAGGCCCUGGCCAAAGCCACCUAUGAGCGCCUCUUCCGCUGGCUGGUCCUGCGGCUCAACCGUGCCCUGGACCGCAGCCCCCGCCAGGGCGCCUCCUUCCUGGGCAUCCUGGACAUCGCCGGCUUCGAGAUCUUCCAGCUGAACUCCUUCGAGCAGCUGUGCAUCAACUACACCAACGAGAAGCUGCAGCAGCUCUUCAACCACACCAUGUUCGUGCUGGAGCAGGAGGAGUACCAGCGCGAGGGCAUCCCCUGGACCUUCCUCGACUUCGGGCUGGACCUGCAGCCCUGCAUCGACCUCAUCGAGCGCCCGGCCAACCCCCCUGGGCUCCUGGCCCUUCUGGACGAGGAGUGCUGGUUCCCCAAGGCCACGGACAAGUCCUUUGUGGAGAAGGUGGCCCAGGAGCAGGGGGGCCACCCCAAGUUCCAGCGGCCGCGGCAGCUGCGGGACCAGGCCGACUUCAGCGUCCUGCACUACGCGGGCAAGGUGGACUACAAGGCCAACGAGUGGCUGAUGAAGAACAUGGACCCUCUGAACGACAACGUGGCGGGCCUGCUUCACCAGAGCACGGACCGGCUGACCGCCGAGAUCUGGAAAGACGUGGAAGGCAUCGUGGGGCUGGAGCAAGUGAACAGCCUUGGGGACGGCCCUCCGGGCGGCCGGCCGCGCCGGGGCAUGUUCCGGACCGUGGGGCAGCUGUACAAGGAGUCCCUGAGCCGCCUCAUGGCCACGCUCAGCAACACCAACCCCAGCUUCGUGCGCUGCAUCGUCCCCAACCACGAGAAGAGGUCUGGGAAGCUGGAGCCCAAGCUGGUGCUGGACCAGCUGCGCUGCAACGGGGUCCUGGAGGGCAUCCGCAUCUGCCGCCAGGGCUUCCCCAACCGCAUCCUCUUCCAGGAGUUCCGGCAGCGGUACGAGAUCCUGACGCCCAACGCCAUCCCCAAGGGCUUCAUGGAUGGGAAGCAGGCCUGUGAGAAGAUGAUCCAGGCCCUGGAGCUGGACCCCAACCUGUACCGCGUGGGCCAGAGCAAGAUCUUCUUCCGGGCCGGGGUCCUGGCCCAGCUGGAGGAGGAGCGGGACCUGAAGGUCACAGACAUCAUCGUGUCCUUCCAGGCCGCCGCCCGGGGAUACCUGGCUCGCAGGGCCUUCCAGAGGCGGCAGCAGCAGCAGAGCGCCCUGCGGGUGAUGCAGAGGAACUGCGCCGCCUACCUCAAGCUGCGGCACUGGCAGUGGUGGCGGCUGUUCACCAAGGUGAAGCCGCUGCUGCAGGUGACGCGGCAGGACGAGGUGCUGCAGGCGCGGGCCCAGGAGCUGCAGAAGGUGCAGGAGCUGCAGCAGCAGAGCGCCCGCGAGGUGGGCGAGCUGCAGGGCCGCGUGGCGCAGCUGGAGGAGGAGCGCACCCGCUUGGCGGAGCAACUGCGAGCUGAGGCAGAGCUGUGUGCGGAGGCCGAGGAGACGCGGGGGCGCCUGGCAGCCCGCAAGCAGGAGCUGGAGCUGGUGGUGUCGGAGCUGGAGGCCCGCGUGGGCGAGGAGGAGGAGUGCAGCCGCCAGCUCCAGGGCGAGAAGAGGCGGCUGCAGCAGCACAUCCAGGAACUGGAGACCCACCUGGAGGCGGAGGAGGGGGCGCGGCAGAAGCUGCAGCUGGAGAAGGUGACGACCGAGGCGCGGCUGAAGAAGUUCGAGGAGGACCUGGUGCUGCUGGAGGACCAGAACACGAAGCUGAGCAAGGAGCGGAAGCUGCUGGAGGAGCGGCUGGCCGAGUUCUCCUCCCAGGCCGCCGAGGAGGAGGAGAAGGUCAAGAGCCUGAACAAGCUGCGGCUCAAAUACGAGGCCACCAUCGCAGACAUGGAGGACCGCCUGCGGAGGGAGGAGAAGGGCCGUCAGGAGCUGGAGAAGCUGAAGCGGCGGCUGGACGGCGAGAGCUCGGAGCUGCAGGAGCAGGUGUUGGAGCAGCAGCAGCGGGCGGAGGAGCUGAGGGCCCAGCUGGGCCGCAAGGAGGAGGAGCUGCAGGCCGCGCUGGCCAGGGCGGAGGACGAGGGCGGGGCCCGGGCCCAGCUGCUCAAAUCCCUGCGGGAGGCGCAGGCCGGGCUGGCGGAAGCCCAGGAGGACCUGGAGGCCGAGCGCGCGGCCAGGGCCAAGGCGGAGAAGCAGCGCCGGGACCUGGGGGAGGAGCUGGAGGCGCUGCGGGGCGAGCUGGAGGACACCCUGGACUCCACCAACGCGCAGCUGGAGCUCAGGUCAAAGAGGGAGCAGGAGGUGACGGAGCUGAAGAAGACGCUGGAAGAGGAGACGCGUCUCCAUGAGCUGGCUGUGCAGGAGCUCAGGCAGCGCCAUGGUCAGGCGCUGGGGGAACUGGCGGAGCAGCUGGAGCAGGCCCGCCGGGGCAAGGGUGCCUGGGAGAAGACCCGGCUGGCUCUGGAAGCCGAGGUGUCCGAGCUGCGGGCGGAGCUGGGCAGCCUGCAGACCGCUCGCCAGGAGGGCGAGCAGCGGAGGCGCCGCCUGGAGUCGCAGCUGCAGGAAGUGCAGGGCCGGGCCGGCGACGGGGAGCGGGCACGAGCGGAGGCCGCCGAAAAGCUGCAGCGGGCCCAGGCUGAGCUGGAGACCGUGUCCGGGGCGCUGAGCGAGGCCGAGUCCAAAGCCAUCAGGCUGAGCAAGGAGCUAAGCAGCACGGAGGCCCAGCUGCAUGACGCCCAGGAGCUGAUGCAGGAGGAGACCAGAGCCAAGCUGGCCCUGGGGUCCCGGGUCCGAGCCAUGGAGGCCGAGGCGGCUGGACUGCGGGAGCAGCUGGAGGAGGAGGCCGCUGCCCGGGAGCGGGUGGCCCGCGAGCUGCAGGCGGCCCAGGCCCAGCUCUCAGACUGGCGGCGACGGCAGGAGGAGGAGGCGGGGGCCCUGGAGGCAGGGGAGGAGGCGCGGCGCAAGGCCGCCCGCGAGGCCGAGGCCCUGGCCCAGCGCCUGGCGGAAAAGACGGAGGCGGUGGAGCGGCUGGAGCGCGGGCGACGGCGGCUGCAGCAGGAGCUGGACGAUGCCACGGUGGACCUGGAGCAGCAGCGGCAGCUCGUGAGCACGCUGGAGAAGAAGCAACGCAAGUUCGACCAGCUCCUGGCCGAGGAGAAGGCGGCUGUCCUGCGGGUGGUGGAGGACCGCGAGCGCGCCGAGGCCGAGGGCCGGGAGCGCGAGGCCCGCGCCCUGGCGCUGACGCGGGCGCUGGAGGAGGAGCAGGAGGCGCGGGCGGACCUGGAGCGCCAGAACCGGGCGCUGCGGGCCGAACUGGAGGCGCUGCUGAGCAGCAAGGACGACGUCGGCAAGAGCGUACACGAGCUGGAGCGAGCCCGCCGCGUGGCGGAGCAGGCGGCCAGCGACCUGCGGACUCAGGUGACGGAGCUGGAGGACGAGCUGACGGCGGCCGAGGACGCCAAGCUGCGCCUGGAGGUGACGGUGCAGGCGCUCAAGGCACAGCACGAGCGGGACCUGCAGGGCCGCGACGAGGCCGGCGAGGACCGGCGGAAGCAGCUAGCCAAGCAGCUGCGAGACGCCGAGGUGGAGCGGGACGAGGAGCGCAAGCAGCGGGCGCUGGCCGUGGCCGCCCGCAAGAAGCUGGAGGCCGAGCUGGAGGAGCUGCGGGCGCAGACGGAGUCCGCGGGGCAGGGCAAGGAGGAGGCGGUGAAGCAGCUGCGCAAGAUGCAGGCCCAGAUGAAGGAGCUGUGGCGCGAGGUGGAGGAGUCCCGCAGCUCCCGCGAGGAGAUCUUUGUUCAGAGCCGCGAGAGCGAGAAGCGCCUCAAGGGGCUGGAGGCCGAGGUGCUGCGGCUGCAGGAGGAGCUGGCCGCCUCCGACCGCGCCCGGCGGCAGGCCCAGCAGGAGCGGGACGAGAUGGCUGACGAAGUGGCCAACGGCAACCUCAGCAAGGCGGCCUUCCUGGAGGAGAAGCGGCAGCUGGAGGCGCGGCUGGGGCAGCUGGAGGAGGAGCUGGAGGAGGAGCAGAGCGGGGCGGAGCUGCUCAACGACCGCUACCGCAAGCUGGUCCUGCAGGUGGAGACGCUGACCACAGAGCUGUCGGCCGAGCGCAGCUUCUCAGCCAAGGCCGAGAGCGGGCGGCAGCAGCUGGAGCGACAGAUGCAGGAGCUGCGGGGCCGCCUGGGCGAAGAGGACGCCGGGGCCCGGGCGCGCCAGAAGAUGGUGAUCGCCGCCCUGGAGUCCAAGCUGGCCCAGGCUGAAGAGCAGCUGGAGCAGGAGAGCAGGGAGCGCAUCCUCUCUGGAAAGCUGGUGCGCAGAGCUGAGAAGCGGCUGAAAGAAGUGGUUCUGCAGGUGGAGGAGGAGAGGCGGGUGGCCGACCAGCUCCGGGACCAGCUGGAGAAGGGGAACCUGCGGGUGAAGCAGCUGAAGCGGCAGCUGGAGGAGGCGGAGGAGGAGGCGUCGCGGGCGCAGGCCGGGCGCCGGCGGCUGCAGCGCGAGCUGGAGGACGUCACCGAGUCGGCCGAGUCCAUGAACCGCGAGGUCACCACGCUGCGGAACCGGCUCCGGCGCGCGCCCCUCACCUUCACCACCCGCACCGUGCGCCAGGUGUUCCGGCUGGAGGAGGGCGUGGUAUCCGAUGAGGAGGCGGAGGAGGCAGAGCCCGGGUCUGGGCAGCCGGCCGCGGAGUCUGAGGGGUCCCCAGGAGCCCAGCCGCAGUGACCUGGGCCCCAGCCCUGAGAGGCAGAGACAGGCCUGGCCCCUCCCCCACCCUGCACCCACACUCUGGAGAGGAUGCCCCACCCUGGGCCCCCAAACAGGAGUGGGCCACCCAGGGGCAAGGACCGGGCUGUCUUGCUUGGAGGAACACUGGGUCCCAUCAGCACCCACCCUGCCUUCAGCCGUCAGCCACAGCAGCCAGGGCUCCAGCCGGGUCCCGCAGAGGGGCUUCUGGUCUCCCGCCUGCUUCCCGGUCUGGGGUUUCCCAGGAGGACAGAGGGGUCCCCCUGAGGCCCUGGCAGAAAUAAACCUUGGCCAA